AUGGGCACAUUGGCGGCAGCCGGUGGCAGCGGGAACCCCACCGCCGGAUUCCAGAAGGUGCAGCUCGCCGACGGCGACUUCCAGGUGCAGAGCCCGUACAACGUUCCGGAGAGCCAGCGGUUCCAAUACCGCAACGGUGGCCACGACUACUCGUCGGGGUUGUGGCAGUUUGAGGGCUAUGGCUACGUGCCGUCCGGGACUUCCGGCGUGUCGGUGAUGCAGAUCCACAACGAGGAGGGCGCCGCGCACUCGACGGUGUUGAUGUUGCACGUCUACAACGGAGUCCUGCGGUUCUACAGCGGGGUGGUCAUCGAGCCCAACAUCUACGACCGGUUGUUCCGCCUCAACGUGAUGCAUGAUGUCGGCGCGUCCACGGUGGCCGUUUAUGUCGACGGCGAGCACAAGUUCAGCACCAGCGUGACCCCGAGCAAGUCAUACUACUGA